CGGGGCCGGGCCGGGACCCCCCGGGGCGCCUCGCUCGGGGCCGGGCUCGGCCGCGGCGCUCGCGGCGACCCUUGCGGUAUGCGGCCGCCUUUGGCAGAGGCACAUGAAGGAUUUCAUUGAGUGUGAAGACAGAGAGCAGAGACAGAAAGCAGAAGGAGGCGGCUGCAGCCUUUGUAGUCGCGGAGGAAUGCGGAAAUGUUGAAGCACUAUGUCAAACUUUUUUUGAAACGGGGUCAAGUCACAUUCAGCCAGCGUGGGAAAGCAAGGGGAAAAAAAAAAAAAAAAAAAAAAAAAAUUGGGGGGGGGGGGAAAAAAAAAAAAAAAAAAAAAAGGCACAAAAAGCAAGCUGCCGCUAUGCUCGCCGGCUGAGCAGAGGCCGGCAGAGCGAGCGGGGAGAGCAGCGCAGCCGGGGCACGGCAGCCCGAGGCCGGUGCCCGAGCCCCGCGGCGGGGCGGCUGCGGGCGCGUCGCAACAGCGGCGGCGGCUCCCCGGGGGGCCGCCGGCCGCGGUGUUUUUUUGUUUGUUUGUUUGCUUGUUUGUUUUAGUUUUUAUUUUUUUUUCUUUUUUUUUUUCUUCGGCGUUUUCGUUUUCCCCGGGCAGCGUGGGGGCGGGAGGAGAGGGCUGGGGGACGAGUGGGAGCUGCCUUCUGCGCCAAGGUGCAGCCCGGCGGCGGCGGGAGGAUGCGAGCCGAGGGCGGCCGGGCGGCGGAGCAGCAGCAGCAGCAGCAGCAGCAACACCACCACCAGCAGCAGCAGCAGCAGGAGCAGCAGCAGCAGCAGCAGCAGCUACCUGUGUGGCCCGGGCGGCCGCUGCCGGGACCUGCCGGAGACAUCGCCAUGUGAAGGGGCAGACCCCGGGCCGGCUCUCCACCCCGCCUCGCUCAAUGGGAGAUCUAACUGGCCUCACCCAGACAAUGCUCCCAAAGACUGUAUGAUAAUUUCUGGCGGCUGCAAGAGGAGGCACAUCGGGGCCUGUGCAGCAGAGGAACGGGACCGGGGGGCCGAGAACUUCCUCUUGCUCACGUGGCAGGGCUACCAGGUGCGUGGCAGACCCACAGCGCGAUCCAAGUGCUAGCCUUCAGAAAGCCAGGAGGGACGGAGGGCUGCCCCGAGGCACCCCGGGCACGGGAGGAAGAGGAGCAGCGGCAGCAUGGAUAAGGACAGCACAAACCUGGCUGACCAGCAGUAUGAGUGUGUAGCCGAGAUCGGCGAAGGAGCCUAUGGGAAGGUGUUCAAAGCCCGGGACUUGAAGAACGGAGGCCGCUUUGUGGCGCUGAAGCGGGUGCGGGUGCAGACCAGCGAGGAGGGGAUGCCGCUGUCCACCAUCCGAGAGGUGGCGGUUCUGAGGCACCUGGAGACGUUCGAGCACCCCAACGUGGUCAGAUUGUUUGAUGUGUGCACCGUGUCACGAACAGACAGAGAGACCAAGUUAACAUUGGUGUUUGAACAUGUGGACCAAGACUUGACUACUUACUUGGAUAAAGUUCCAGAGCCUGGAGUGCCUACUGAAACUAUAAAGGAUAUGAUGCUUCAGCUGUUUCGGGGACUGGAUUUUCUGCAUUCACAUCGUGUGGUGCAUCGGGACCUGAAACCCCAAAAUAUCCUUGUAACCAGCAGCGGGCAGAUAAAGUUAGCUGACUUUGGCCUUGCACGAAUCUACAGUUUUCAGAUGGCUCUUACCUCAGUGGUUGUUACUUUGUGGUAUAGAGCGCCUGAAGUUUUGCUUCAGUCCAGCUAUGCAACACCGGUUGAUCUUUGGAGUGUUGGCUGCAUAUUUGCAGAAAUGUUCCGUCGAAAACCACUCUUCCGUGGAAAUUCAGAUGUUGAUCAGCUAGGAAAAAUCUUUGAUGUAAUUGGACUCCCUGAAGAAGAGGACUGGCCUAAUGAUGUUGCCCUUCCAAGAAAUGCUUUCGCUUCCAGACCCGCACAACCUAUUGAAAAAUUUGUACCAGAUAUUGAUGAACUGGGCAAAGACUUGCUUCUCAAAUGCUUAGCGUUCAAUCCAGCCAAGAGAAUAUCUGCCUAUGUUGCCCUGUCUCACCCAUAUUUCCAUGAUCUGGAGAAAUGCAAGGAGAAUCUGGACUCUCACAUGUCAUCCAGCCAAAACUCCAGUGAGGUGAAUGCAUCAUAAUGCUGACUGAAGAUGAACCUAUAAAUGAACAAGACAUGUAGCUGACAAGGCCACUGACCCAUAUAAACCACAUAGCUGUUCUAGUGAAGAUCAUUAUUUGGAGGUUUUAAACACCUGUCUUUUAUUUGGGGAUUGUGAUGUGCUUAUCCAAGGAAACCAAUCUAGUUUACUUUCAUCAGAGCGAUGCAAGGAACAGGGUUUUGACCUGCUCCCAUUGCAGCUUUAUGUUUGUUUUGUUUUUGUUUUGUUUAUCUACCUGGGAAAACUCCAGACGAAGAGAAGCUGCUGACCAGUUUUGCUGCCAUUUUAUCAUUUUAAUAUUGAAUGCUGCCAGUGUGGAGUAGGAUGAUCAAGUCACUGCCAAAACAUGAUGCAAUCUCUCUCUCUAGCUGCUGAAGCAUGAUUUGGUACUUUUAUUAUUAUUAUUAUUAUGUGAUCUCUUAAAGUGAUAUUUAAAGAAUGGCAUUGAAAUAUCAGAUCUCUGCAACCUGCAGUUAACUGAUACAUACAUUUACAGCUACUACAUUUACAUACAUCCAGCUACUGUGCAUCGUAGAAUAUAUGCAGGUGCUUCCCCAGUUGAAAACUUGGAUGGAUUAUUUUAUCAUUUAAUUGCUCUAUAAAAAUAAUAGUGAUGAUGGUGAUCAUAAUAAAUGUCUCAACUUUUAGUUUUUUUAAUACACAAACAAGUUACUAUCCAGUUAGGUUUGUGUGCAUGUUUCAAAAGCAAGUCUUUUAAAGAAACUUAUAGGAUCCCAUUCUUAAAGAUCCAUUCAGUUUCCACGUAUUUUAUGUUGGAAUAUGUGCACAUUCUAGCCCAUCACCUAACCCAUCAUUCCUCCCUGGAAACAGCUGCAGGCACAUUUUCUCUAUCUCGUUCUGAAUUUUCUGAUAUGCAGUUCAAAGACAUGAGCAGAGCCAAUUAAAAUGAAUACAGGUUUGUGCCUUGAACUUGUUCUCAUUAUCAGCUGAAAAGGAACAGAGACAAAAUUAGAUUAGAAGCAGAGAAUCCUAUACCUGUAAAGAAGUACAGGUGUUUAUCUGUGCUGAAUUGCAUGCUGUGUACUGCGCUGCCUUACCUGCAACACCCCCCAUACAUCACAAGUGCAUGAACGUUACUGUCACAAAAUCUCUCAGAUGUCAUUUAUUAAGACUUGUUUUCUAUGCAGAAAUGCAUGAGCUUCUCUCCUAAACCACCAUGUGGGUAUACUGGCACAUGCUUCUCCACUAGGGCUAAUGUGCCAUUAUUGAAUGUCAAAAUAACUGAGUAAUUCACGUGUCUUUAUAGCACAGUUAUAUUAAAUAUUACAUUAAUUUUUUAUAUUUAGUACUUUUACCUUAACUAAAAUAUAUUUUCAGUAUUUUAAAAAGAAACUUUUAUUUUUUUAAUACUGUACUGGGAAAAAGAAAAAAAAAAAAAAAAAAGUAUUUUGAAUCCAUAAAAGCUGUUCCCUGGCAUGACUUCAGUGCAUAUACCUGGAUAUGACUUGGGGGGAAAAAUGGUCCAAGUUAGCCCUUACCAUGAAUAUAUAAAUACACACUAUUGCAGUAUAACUGAUGAUAAGUGAGGCAGCUAACUUUGCUUACUCCUAUGAUAGUCCCUUAGGCCACUCUCUUCUUCAUCUCUACUUCAUCUUGUCUAGCUACUGAGCCAGCAUCAUACCCUCCCUCACAGCAUGCUUGGCAGAAGCAGGUCCUGAGCACUGAGUUGAGCAAUGUAUUUUUUCUGGAUCUGGCAAGGGAACCUGCAGCUGCCUCCCUGGCAGGUUUUUCAGACCUGUGGCAUACUGGCUGUUGUGGUGGACCUCACUGUUAACUCUGUUUCAGGUAUCUGCACUGUCUGGGACAUGGUCCAUUGCUAAGAGAGUGAGUAGAUCUUACUGGUCUCUUGGAUAAAGCUUUUCUUUACUGUUAGAUGCUUAACCAUGCGACUUAUUGUUAAAUUAUGCCUACUUCAAAUAGGACAGGUUUUAAAAGGACCACUUGCACGCAUGCAUGCAUUGGCCUGUGCUUUUCUUCAUGCCCAGAAUGAUACAUACUGGAAACCUACCAGCAUGAACAGGCAAGUUGCAAAUUAGGCCUGGCAAGAGCGUGUACAAGGCAUCCACACAGAGAUAAUACAGAUGCAUAGCACAAGAAUUUUGGAAGCUCUGCAAGUGGCAAGCUGAAGGCCAGGGAGCAGUCACAGCAGCUAACUCCUCUAAUCUUGGCCUCGUUUCUGUCGUUAUCUCCUCUCCUACACCCGAAGAGAACGGCAAACCCACUGCACUGGUGUUGAACCAGCCCUAUUCCUCCAUGGUUCAAUGGACCUGAGUGUGAAUAGUUUUUUGACGCUCAUGGGAGAAGAUAGGCCAGAAUUAAUUUUUUUAUAACAAUUUUAAAACACUAAUUAGAACAAACAGACCCAACUUUUAGGAUAAUCUUGCCAGAGCAACAAAUAGAAAAGUUUUCUACACGGUUUAGCACUUUUUUAAAUAUUCUGGAUUUUACCUGCCACCAAGCUACCGUGCAUGUUAUAUCAGGGCAUUCAGCUGGUGUGGCUUCCCAGCAGCUGUCAGGGAACGCUCCCAGAGCUCUCCAAGAGCUCACAUAGGGUGAAAAUGUGUGUGUUUCUCUCUGUGUGUGUGUGAGAGAGAGAGAGAGAUUUCUGACUGUAAGCAAAUUAUUAGGGUGAGACAAAAUAGGGAAGUUAACACUUUAAGCCAAAGGUUGCUUAGUGUGGGCCCAAGAACUAACGAGAAUAUGGAAAUUGCAAGAAAAUGAACUACUGGUGCAGAAUUUACCAGUGCAUGGUAUCAGAAGUAGAGCUCAAGAUAGCAGCAGAGAAAAGCAGGAGCUGGCCUAUGGAAUCAGAAGUAGAGCCUCUGCAACAUGGUGCUGUAUGUCGUCUAAUAUAGGAUCAGGUUAUAAGUGGGAGUAUUCAGGAGAAAGAUUGGAAGAGGUUGCAUUAAUUUUUGGUUCUGCAACAUCCUUCUAGUGGGAAUGGCAGCAAGAAAAAAUGAAAUCUGUCUUGACAUGGUUAGAAUAAAGAUCUUUUUUUCCCUUGUGGUAGCAAGGGACUGGAUUCAAAGGCAUAAGGACUUUUCAAAUGACCUCCUUUUCAAAAUCUUUUCAGGAAGAAAUUCCAGUAGUCCUCUCUGACAUGCCUUAGGCUUCAUCUGAUUCCCAUUUUCCCUGCCAAGACAUAAGGCUUCACUUACACUAGUAAACUGAGGAGUCCUGUUCCCUGGCUGGGCAAAGUGCUGGCACUGGCUGAAAGCAUGCUGGGAAUCAUGCUAAUGAUGAGACAGUACAGAGACAGCUGUGGGACUGUGCUCAAGCCAUGCCCUUGCUCUUCUUCAACUGGUAUAGCUGUAGUCUUGAAGUUUCUGUACUCAUUACUGCUGUAUGUGUAGGAUGUAGAAAUUAUACAUGUGAAAAAAUUGCUCCUUUUCACAGAUAUUCCAGACUGAGAUGACAACUCUUCAUACACCCUUUAAGUAACACUUUUGAGUGCAGUUCUUCACAAUAACUAUGCCCAUACUUAUAUGUUCUAGAGGACUCGUUCAACAGCAGCUGAAAAACACUGGCAAAAAAUAUAUUAAAAGUAGGGUUGGUUUCUUAGCUCCUAAAACACCCACAAGCAGAUACUGUGCUCUACGCACUAGACAACAGGAUGUUCUGAGUAACAGAAGGAGCAAUUUCCAUCUCCAACAAACAUUUUUUUUUUUUUGUCACUGCUAAAUAAUUCUGCAGGAAAAGCAGAUCCAAUAGCCAAGGAAAAACAUCACCAAAGCCAGGUAGUGAAGUGCUGAGCCAUAGCAACAUGCCUGGAGCAGCCCCUUUCUCACUGCACCCAGUCCCCACGCUCAGUCUAGCUCUCCAGUUCCUCUCUUUCAGCACCCAUAUGGAAACCAGUUUUCAGUGACACUUGCAGGUGCUAUUUCCAACAAGAUUCUUA